AGGAUUGAGUUCAUUUUCGCCACCUAUUAGAUUGUCAGGAAUUGAUGAAAUUGACAUGAUUUCUGGUUCCUUUAUUGGGUGGCUCCCCAUAUUUAAUUAUUUACUUUGAGUCCAUUAAUGAAUUUGGUAGAGCUCCAGUUGAGCUUUAUAUAGUCUUUGUGUUAAUGUUAAUGUAAAUGUAGCAUCGAGAUCUGCGUUUUCAUGCUUCGUUGGCUUCACGCAGAAACUUUCGAACUCCUUCGAAUUGAAAGCUUUCGAAUCUCCAACUUCUACUUACUUUUUAGCGUGCGUGUAACUCAAGUUUUGCCGUUAAAGCUAUCGAUUUUACCCUCUUUUCAUAUGUUUUUGUGUUCCAUUUUUACGUUAAGCCAUGGCUUGUUGCUGCCUUCUUCAAGCUUCUGCUUCAUGACAAGAGCAAUCCCAGGGUAUAUUUUUGUGCAUUAUCUAGGAGUGGAUGCAAUUCAAGCCGGCUUGGGCUCAAAUCGUACUUUGGCUUGAACGAGCCGAACUCAAGUUGAAGCUCGGCUUGAGAUUGAUAUUUCGCUGGCUUUGCAGCACCAGAUCUCAUCACUGAACAGCCAGCUCAAGCAAGCCGAGCUUGAACUCAAGUUGGUCAUUUUGGAUUUAAGUUGAGCUUGAGCUGACCCUUGUUUGGGCUCGGCUCACAUCCACCCCUAACAUUAUUUGUGUUAUUUACUUUAAUAUUCAGGGUGAAGAAUAACUGAAAGCCGAAAAGAGCAUGCCUUUGGGGAUUGGAAUACUCACUUUAGUGAUUUUUCUCUCUCUUUUAGAAAAGGAUUAUUCUUUUCCAUCUUUCUCUGUAGUGACUUCACUUUAGAUAAUAUUGAUUAAUACAAGUACCUUUUCUAACUCUUCUUGAAGUUUGGAUAUAUAUUUUAAUAAUAUACAAGUUAGAUUGAGGCAGAAAGGUGCUCUAGGAAAGGAGCUUUACUGAGUUGGACAUAUAGUGUAUCUUUCUAUGGUUCAUUAAACACAAUAUCUUGAAUUUUAACAGGAUUAAGAAGGUUUCCAAUGCUGCUGAUUGAAGUCAUGAAGUAUGCUGCAUCUGCCUCUUUCUGAUGCUCAUGUAUAUGUCAGUUGGAAUUUACAGAUUACAAUGGUGUUCUUUUACAACUUCAAAGGUGUUAAUACUUUCAAACAAAAUAUUGUGAUAAACGGAGAACUUGAUGAAUUUGUGAAGUUACACUAUUCAAGGUGGCAGGCACCUUCAUAGAACUUCAAUUGACAACACACUAUGAAGCUACACUCGUUUUUUGAAGCACUGCCUCUCCUCUUGGUAAUUUUCUCCAUUCCCCGUGUAAUUGCUGAUCUAAAUUCAGAGAAGCAAGCCCUCCUUGAAUUUGCCAACAGUGUCCCUCAUGGCCGAAAGCUAAAUUGGAGCAAUUCUACCUCUGUUUGUACUUGGGUUGGCAUCAGUUGCAACCAGGACAGCUCUCAUGUGAUUGCCGUCCGCCUCCCUGGUGUUGGUCUGAAUGGUCCGGUUCCAGAGAACACACUUGGAAAGCUGGACUCACUUAUGAUUCUCAGCCUUCGAUCAAACCGCCUCAGUGGGGAUCUUCCACCUGAUUUACUUUCCCUUCCGUCCCUUCGCUACAUAUAUCUUCAAAAUAACAACUUCUCAGGAAAUAUUCCUUCCACCCUUUCCCCCAAUCUUAACUGGAUUGAUCUCUCUUUCAACUCCAUCACAGGCAACAUUCCAGCCACAAUUCAGAAUUUAACACAUCUCUUAGGUUUAGACCUCCAAAAUAAUUCUCUUAUGGGAGUCAUCCCUAAUUUCACUCUUCCAAGGCUUACACAUUUGAAUUUGAGCUACAACCACCUAAAUGGUUCAGUUCCACCUGCCCUCCAGAAGUUCCCUUCAGCCUCCUUCGAAGGAAAUUCCAGGUUAUGUGGACCACCUCUAAACCAAUGCUCUACAAUUCCACCCUCACCUAGUCCAUCCCCAGCUUACUUUGUACCUCCACCAACAGUUUCCGAAGAACCAAGAAAGAGCCCAAAGAAGAUACUCAGUACUGGCGCUAUAAUUGCCAUAGUAAUUGGCGGUUUUGCUGUUUUGUUCCUAUUAAUACUCAUGAUGGUAAUUUGCUGUUUCAAGAAAAAAGACACUGAAGGUGCUGCAGCAACAAAAGGGAAGAGUGGUGAAAAGCCUAAGGAAGACUUCGGGAGUGGGGUUCAGGAAGCUGAGAAAAACAAGCUGGUUUUCUUUGAAGGUUCUUCAUAUAAUUUUGAUCUGGAGGACUUACUAAGAGCUUCAGCUGAAGUGCUCGGAAAGGGGAGUUAUGGGACUACUUAUAAAGCGAUCUUGGAGGAGGCAGUUACAGUGGUAGUGAAGAGGUUGAAAGAAGUCGUGGUGGGCAAAAGAGAAUUUGAACAACAAAUGGAAAUUGUAGGGAGUAUAAGUCAGCAUCCUAAUGUCAUCCCUAUCCGAGCUUAUUACUUUUCAAAGGAUGAGAAACUCCUUGUAUAUGACUUCAUAGCCGGUGGGAGCUUUUCAUCAUUAUUGCAUGGAAACAGGGGAAUGGGACGAACUCCAUUGGACUGGGAAACAAGAUUAAAGAUUUCACUUGGAACUGCCAGGGGCAUUGCCCAUGUUCAUUCUGCAGCUGGGGGGAAGCUCAUCCAUGGCAACAUCAAGUCAUCUAAUGUCCUUCUCACCCAAGACUUCAUUGGAUGCAUCUCUGAUUUUGGCUUAACUCCAUUAAUGAGUUCCCCAACUGUCCCCACGAGAAGUAUGGGCUACCGAGCUCCUGAGGUGAUUGAAACAAAAAAGUUUUCUCAAAAAUCUGAUGUCUACAGUUUUGGUGUACUUCUCCUGGAGAUGUUAACUGGGAAAGCACCAAUCCAAGCAUCAGGGCAUGAAGAUGUGGUUGACCUUCCAAGGUGGGUUCAGUCUGUUGUUCGAGAGGAAUGGACAUCCGAGGUGUUUGAUGUAGAACUAAUGAGAUACCAAAAUAUUGAAGAAGAGAUGGUGCAGAUGCUUCAGAUAGCUAUGUCAUGUGUAGCAAGGGUGCCGGACAUGAGACCUACGAUGGAUGAAGUCAUAAGGAUGAUUGAGGAAAUUCGGCCAUCUGAAUCAGAGAACCGGCCGUCAUCGGAGGACAAGUCCAAGGGUUCACAUGCGGAAACCCCUUAAGCAAAAUUAGACAAUGCAGUUCUUAUUCAGUUCACAACUCUGCUUAUACCAAUUCCAGAAUCAAGAUCUAUCACCUAAAUUGCUUGCCUUUCUAAAAGUGAACUGUGUGAUUCUUUUAGGAUUUUAGUGUCACAGAAUUUCAUCAUCAUUAUUUCUCCUUUUCUGUGAUCUUUGUAGUUAAUUCUAUUUUUAAGUAAAUUACACUAUACUAUUUGUAGUAUCCAUGUUUGUCCUGGGUAGUAAAGAGCUUCUGCAAUCACACAACCAAAA